CUGUACUUCUUUAUCUGUCUUCUUUGAAUUUCAUGCCUUCAUUUUGCACUUUCUUUGUAGAGUUUUAUUCAUAUCAUAUGUUUUCUCCGUUUCUAGUCAAGCUAGCUUGUUUGAAGUUUGGCAGAGUGCUUGUAAGCGUUAUUCCAUAUUCCUUCCCUUUUGUUUCAUUGCUUUCACUGAUGCGGCAGACAAUUUCUGUGCGCAUUAAAGUAUGUUUUCAGGAUCCAAAAUAAUCCAUCGUCAUUGCUACUAUUAGGUAAAUCAUGUUUCUGAUUGGAGCAUUGACAUAGGAAGCAUUUUUCCCUUACUGAAUGGAUGUUUGGGAUAGAUUAUUUCAAGAGAAUAUGAUUUUUUGUGAAAAAUAUGUGGUUUAAAGGUAGGAAAAAAUAUGGGUUCACGUGCAAAAUUAUUUUAGUGGGAGAAUAUAUGGUUGAAAAUUAGUUUGAGGAAAAAUGGUUUUCAAAUAAGCUUUGCCAAAAAAACAAUACUGAAAAACUCAAUGGGUCAAGACUCAAGAGAGAUUGGCGUCUGAGCUGUUUUGCCUAUAUUCUGAGAUUGGUGUCUCAAGAACCUUUGAGAGAGUAAAGGCUUGCUUUCAUGUAUGCUAGUAGUUAUAUUUUCUUGGAGGCGGACAGUGAUUUCCAAGCCAGCAGCUAUUAGAUAUUUUGUUCUUUUUUUCUAGUUGUCAGCAUAUUCCUGAAGCUUUAUGACUACUUUUUAGGAAUGGAAAUGGCUCAACUGAUAUGUGGAGGUUGUCGUACCUUACUUAUGCAUGCACGAGGGGCUACCAGUGUCAGAUGCUCCUGCUGUCAAACAGUGAACCUCGUGCCUGCACCUAAUCAUGUUGUAAACUGUGGGAACUGUCGAAUCAUGUUGAUGUAUCCAGCUGGAGCUCCAUCAGUUAAAUGUGCAAUUUGUCAGAACAUCACAACUGUCAAUGUUAGUAACCAGAUGGGUGCAUCAAGAGUUCCAAUUCCUGUGCAAAGACCUGAUGGAAACUCUACAUCUGCAUCAAUACCGUCUACCUCCCCUGCUGCAUCCCAUGCUCAGAAUCAAACAGUUGUUGUUCAGAAUCCUAGUUCUGUUGACGAAAGUGGCAAGUUGGUUAGCAACGUUGUCGUUGGCAUUACAACAUAAGAAUGUUAUCGGAAUGUAUUGCAUCGAGUACUAUAUUUGGGAAUAAAUGGCUAUUUCAGGAACUGGGCUUCGACCUGGUAUAUAGAGAUAUCUGUGCAUAUCAUUGCCAAAGACAAAUAUUGAAGUACAAAACUUCUGGUUGUAAAGUUUUAGAAAAGACUGCAGUUUUGUUUACCGUACGAGUAAAAACAAGUGUUGAUAUUUUAGUUAUUUGUGGUUUUAUGCUACUGAAUAAUUGUGUUUGCUAUGUAUGCCCGAAAAGCGUGAAAAAUUGCCAACUAUAUAUCAGCCGUUUAUUUUAUUUUUUUUA